UGAGCUCAGAGGGAAGCAGGGAGGCAGGCUGGGCACACAGGCCUCUCUCCUCCACCCCUGGCAGCUGGCUAUGAAUGAUGCCCCUGUGCCCCUGUGGAGCCCCUCUCAUGCCCGGCCAGUGAUCGUGCACUUGCUGAAGGACGAGGAGACGGACUGCUGAGGGCUCACCAUGGUCUGGAUCAGGGCGCUGGAUUUCUCCCAUUCAUUGGUGCUUUUUGGGCAAGCCUUGCUUUGGAUUGUAUGUGCUGUGUCUGCAGAGCGGCAGUAUUUCAAUGUAGAGGGUUGGCUGCAAAAAUACGGCUACCUUCCACCAUCAGACCCCAGAAUGUCGGUAUUGCGCUCUGCGGAGACCAUGCAGUCUGCUAUCGCUGCUAUGCAGCAAUUCUAUGGCAUUAAUGUUACAAAAUCAGUUGACAAGUACACACUUGACUGGAUGAAGAAACCACGAUGUGGUGUGCCAGACCAGAAAAGUGGUAUUUCCAGAUUCAGCGUCCGCCGAAAACGUUAUGCCUUAACUGGGCAGAAGUGGAACCACAAGCAUAUCACAUACAGUAUAAAGAACGUCACUCCAAAAGUGGGAGACACAGAAACACGUAAAGCCAUUCGCCGUGCCUUUGAUGUUUGGCAGAAUGUAACUCCAUUGACAUUUGAAGAAGUUCCAUACCAUGAGUUAGAAAAUGGCAAGCGGGAAGUGGACAUUACUAUCAUCUUUGCUUCAGGUUUCCAUGGGGAUAGCUCACCAUUUGACGGAGAGGGGGGAUUUUUGGCUCAUGCUUAUUUCCCAGGACCUGGAAUAGGAGGAGAUACACAUUUUGACUCAGAUGAACCGUGGACUUUAGGAAAUCCAAAUCAUGACGGAAAUGACCUAUUUCUGGUCGCAGUACAUGAACUGGGUCAUGCAUUGGGACUGGAACACUCCAAUGACCCCACUGCAAUAAUGGCUCCUUUUUACCAGUACAUGGAAACUGACAACUUCAAGCUACCUACUGAUGACUUACAGGGAAUUCAAAAAAUAUACGGUCCACCUGAAAAGAUCCCUACACCAACAAAACCUCUUCCUACAGUGCCACCACAUCGGCCAAACCCACCAGCAGAUCCUCGCAAGAAUGACAGACAACCUCGACCUCCCAGACCUCCAAAUGGGGGAGACAGGGCCACCUAUCCAGGAGUUAAGCCUAACAUCUGUGAUGGCAACUUCAACACCCUGGCUAUAUUACGCAGGGAGAUGUUUGUCUUCAAGGAUCAAUGGUUCUGGAGAGUUAGAAAAAAUAAAGUAAUGGAUGGAUAUCCUAUGCAGAUAAGUGUCUUCUGGAGGGGACUGCCACCAAGUAUUGACGCGGUCUAUGAAAAUAGUGAAGGAAACUUUGUUUUCUUUAAAGGUAACAAAUACUGGGUAUUUAAAGAUACAACAUUACAACCUGGUUAUCCUCACGACUUGAUACAUUUAGGACACGGUAUUCCACCUCAUGGGAUAGACACUGCAGUUUGGUGGGAAGACGUCGGGAAGACCUAUUUUUUCAAAGGUGACAGGUACUGGAGAUAUAAUGAAGAAAUGAGAGUUAUGGAUCCUGGUUACCCCAAAUCAAUUACAAUAUGGAAAGGAAUACCAGAAGCACCUGAAGGGGCUUUUGUCGACAAGGAGAAUGGCUUCACUUUCUUCUAUAAAGGCAAAGAAUACUGGAAAUUCCACAAUCAGAGACUGAAAGUAGAACCCGGAUACCCACGGUCAAUUCUUAAAGAUUACAUGGGAUGUGAGACUUCAGUUGACCGAGAUAAAGAUCAAACCAGUACUCAAGACGAUGUAGACAUUGUCAUGAAGCUCGACAACACAGCCAGCACUGUGAAAGCCAUAGCUAUUGUAAUCCCUUGUAUUCUGGCCCUGUGCCUCCUUGUCUUGGUUUACACCGUUUUUCAAUUCAAAAGGAAAGGAACACCCCGCCACAUACUGUACUGUAAACGCUCUAUGCAAGAGUGGGUGUGAUGUAGGGUUUCUUAUUGUAGAAAUUUGAGGUUAUUCGAGAUACAUCAGAGCUAUUAUGCUGUUCCCUAGCGUGACACAGGCAUCUGCGGGCCAGGGUCAUAUCGCUGAUCUUUAAAUCCAAGAGGUUUUGUGUCCUGCACUUGAGUGGGGAUUCAAUCAUCUGGGGAGCUUCCAUGAAAUACAGUUUCUACCGUUCCUCCAGUUUUUGUAUUUCUUUGUCAUUCAGUUUUAGGCCUUUCCUCUGCACUUUGGAUGCAAACUUUGUGUCCAGAAAUGACAUCAAGGAGGUAGAAUAAAUCCUGAAAUAAUUAAUUUUGCUUUCAAAUUAAUCUAGUUUUCAAUACUGCAGAUCCUCUUUGAAAAGUUUUAUUGCUGCAAUUUGCAAGCAUCAAAUAACAGAAGAAUCACCCAAAAUGAACCUUCAAGAGACUGUGAAGACCCAAAACAGCUUUGUUUCCAAAGAGGAUUGAUUCUCUGUCUGCUAUGGCUAGAUGCCCACAACUGAAUUUGUGGGAGAACAAUAUGCUGAGGGACCUUGAGACUGUUUGGACAGACUUUUUUUUUUCCAACAAACAAGGGGCCAAAUUAUCUGCAAUACAGUAACAGCCUUAAUGAUACAUUCAUUUUGUGUUUUAUACAACUUUUUCUGAGCUUUGUCCAAAAUGUUUUGAACACAUUUUUAGUCAUUAAUGUACUGAACUAAAACUUUUUUGCUUUAUUUUUUUUUUAUUUUCACAUCAUAACAUUUGAUUAACUGCCUAAGGCACUUACUAGGUCUGACAGGAACAAUCAUUUGGAACCUUGGUGGGAAGUGGAACGUCUCCAAAGUGCAUUGCUAUAGGCUGUGGCAAAAUGGCAGUCCUGUGACAAAAAAUGCAACAAUGGUUAUGACUCUGUAACUCAUUCUUAAAUUCCAAUGGACUGGGCUUGUUUGUCGGUUGAAUGAUAUGAACGUGCACAAUAACUAAAUAAGAGUUUAAGAAAACUUUAAAGAACUUGGCAUUUGGAUAAAAUAAUGUCCACUCUGGAAAGAUUCUAAAUUGUAUUUUAUUGUAGAGGGUAAAGAUAUAAAGAAGGAUAUAGAUAUAGAAAUGGAGAUAGAAUUUGUUAUAACCAGUGGUAGGUAGGACAAGGCUGUGGAGCAAAACUGUUGCACAGAAUUCUGAAUUGCCUUACAUGUUUCAAUCUGGUCACAAGUACUGUCAAUACCAGGGGGAGAUCUAAAUUGCAUUGCAUGUUUACUAUAGUUUUCCAAGGGCAAGGAGGUGAUGGAACCUCAGCAGAGUAGGAGGAGCACCACCAAAUCAUUUUCUUCUUGUCAAACGUAUUACAUUUAUCUGAACAUCUAAUCUCCAGCAUUAGGUCCUUUUUAUGUAAUUUUUUUUUUGUGUUCCUAGAGGAAAGUCAGUGAGUGACGUCUCUAUGGAAGUUAUUACAGCUGCUUUUUGCAGUAUUAUGCUUUUUACAAGCUCUAUGCUAUAAACAUGAAGGGUGUAGUGAAUGCAGUUGUAGUGUGGUCAGCUGGCUUCAUCCUAAAGUCAGCAUCUGUGGAAACAGUAUGCCUUUAUCCCAAAUCAUGUCCUGUCGACUGUCAUGACUUAAACUUUGUCGUUUUAUAAAAAAGCUUGCCGUGUAAGACAGAGCUCUUUGUGCCCUCCGACCUUUAGCGUAUGUUAAGCAAGAGAAACGUAUACUUAAGAUGUAUGGCGAAUGCAAGUUGUAAAUGAAUGACCAUUUAUAAAUUAGGUUUGUCUAGUAAAUUUAUAAGACAUAGGGUGUGCGCAUAUAUUCACAUUUCAAGAUAGCAUUUUUUUUUUUAUUCAAGAGUACCUGUACUUGAAUAUAAAAAAAAAUAUGUAUAUGACUAGGUGGAAUAAUUUGCACACAAAUGUGUAUGUGGGCAUACAGUAUGUAGCACAUUGUAUUGCUGCCCCAUCCCUGAAAUGUUACUUAGUGGAGACAACCAUAGGCUUACGGCGACCUUUCUACUCUAUUUUUACCCACCUUCAGAAUUGCAUCACGCACAUUUCGUAGAGAAAUAUUUAUGGCAAGUAAAGUAGUGGCAAACAAACUGUACUUCAAUUAGGGGUUAGGAGAGACCCCAUUACUGUCCCACAAUGUGUAUGAACAAUUGCACCUCUUUUUUGCAACAGUAUGUUAAUAAAGCUUUCCCACCACACAUAUUGAUAGCACAUUGCUGUCAAUGUUGUAGUUAAGGCUACUUUCACACCAGCGUUUUCAAUUCCGCUAUUGAGAUCUGUCAUAGGAUCUCAAUAGCGGAAUUGAAAAGGCUUCCUCAUUCAUUGUCAAUCGGGACAAACUACUGAAC